AGCGGAAUGGAAGCAGGCAGCUUCAGUUGCUCGCGAACCUCCACCGUGGAAACGUCUGGCCGCGUUCGUUCGUUCGUUCGUUGGUUCGUUGGAUCGUCCGUUCGGCGCGAACUGCUCGAUAGUCCGCGUCCGAUCGGCGAGUGGAUCGACGGAAGAGGCCGGUCUCUCGAUCAGUGAUUAAAACCGCGAUCGACCAUAGCCGCGAUCGAUUCGUCCCGGCAACCUCGACCUCGGGCCGGUCUUGAUGCGAACACCAGCGCAGUGCGAGCCGUGAAACGAGGAUGAGGACGGUUCUGUUUGCGCCCUGGUGUCCGCGCGUCGACCACUUCGGAGAGUAAACCGAUAGAAAGAGAGAAAUAGAGAGAGAGCGAGAGAGCCACCUCGAAACACCAUGCCGAGUUCCUUGGCUCUGAUGAUCCUUUGCGCCACAGGCAUAUCGGCGUAUGCGACAACACCCUACAAUGUCAGUAUUAACCAGCCGAUCGCGAACCGCCUAGGAAACGGCCGGCAGAACGAACCCAUAAAACGAUUCGCCUGUCCCGUAGGAUUCUUCCGAUUGAAACGAUACUGUUAUUAUUUAAGCGCAGGAACGGCACCCUGGAGGGAAGCUCAUUUUCAUUGCAGGGACAGAAAUGCCACUCUGGCGAUCCUCGACAGAAGCGGCAAAGACAGGAUGCUGAGAAAAUAUCUGAUGGGUGAACAAUUCACGAAACUAGAAAGAUGGAUCGGCGGAAUGUUCAACUGGAAAAAGAUGGCAUGGGAAUGGAGCGUGACCGGCGACAAGAUGGACUUCCAAAAUUUCGGGAGACCACAGUCCGGUCAGUCGAAGUAUGCAUGGCACUGCAUCACGAUCGAUCCGACCUUAAAAUAUAAAUGGAGCCCGCGAAGUUGCGUCGAACGAAAGCAUUUCGUUUGCGAAGUGCCGGCCGGCCGCGUAGCCAGAAGACGCAAGAAGACGGCGGACCCCUUCGCCCCGCAAAACCAAAGACUAAAGCCUCGAAAGAAGGGCAAAAAGUACUCGAAGGAUACGCAGAAGCCGCAAAAGGGCAAGCGUAAACAGCGGGCCGGUUGGAAGAGAAAUUGGGCGGAACAGGACACGAAGACUUAUUGGGCUCACGGUGUUAAUUUCGGCUCAAGGCCGCCAUCCAACAACAUGGUGCCGAAGGUACGAAUGCGGCACAAACCCAACAGAACCCAGCCGAAUUAUUCUGCACCGACGGUGGCGCAGAUCCAGCCACAAGGUCAGGUGGGAUACAGCGCGUUCCUCGGCGACGGACCUAGCAGCGGUCCACAGAGCCUGACGGACCUGAGCAAGGUCCUCUUCCAGAACCGAGGGAAAAUCAACGAACUGGCGAGCGAAGAAGUGCUGCUGAAGCCUUGAACGAACGUUGCUCGCCACGCAACGAUGUCCUUUUCAUCCUUUAUCUGACGAACUUCUGCCCCUCCCCCUCCUCUGCAUCGUUAGAAAUGCUUUUAUCUCUGUUAUUUUUUCGAUACUCAACACCGUGAGUUGUGUUCUAGACGGCUGUAUUCUGUCGUUCGAGUCGCACUCGCGACUGUUUAAUGAAAAUUAAUUGUUCAGAUCGGAUAAAGAAUGGAAAAAGGUUCAAGAGUUUUGGUCUUGUGAAUACAUAGUGGGGAACUCCGGCGUUCCAGCUGUACGGAUGCCAUGUUAGAUGACAAUGAAACCGAGCACAGACUGACAUAAUUUAUUCAUUUAAUAAUCCGCGAAACAGUCUCUCAUGUUCCUUUCUCUGAAUAGGCGUUAGAUUCUCGACGGUCUACUGUCUAGUUUAGUAACGUUACCUCAGAUCUUGUAGAUUAACGGACUCGUAAAUAUCGAUGUGUACGAAGCGAACAGAUUGUAUCCGGUUUCUUCGUCGUUUCUUUCCCGUGCCACAAUUAGGGUAUUUCUACGAAUCACAUUAUCGUAUGCAUGCGUAACGACUUUAUGUUUGAUCGUGUACUUAUCGAAAUUGUAUCUCCCCGAUGAAUUCGCCGUGCGCGCGCGAUCCUUCGAAGACGUUUGCGGGAAGAACCAAUUUAUACAGUUCUGCACGAAGCGAAUGUACUACAAUGGUUCUCGAGUAUUGUAUGUAUAUUAAAUGCAUAUUAUAUGACGGGAAACGAUUGUGAACGACGCGUCUCUCGAAAAAUCAGUUUUCGUUCUCGGCUUUCCGUGUCGGAGCUAUAAAUUCUUCGGCACCUCGAUCCGAACGUCUUUAGGCGAUCGUAAUAAGAAAAUGAUUGUCUACAGUCGAAUAAAUGUUUAGAAUAACGAUGUAAUCAUUAUGCUACAUUACGCACCACAGAUAGCCGGCUUGCUUCAACAUUAAUUAUCGUGUUUCAAAUAUCAAUAUUAUAUAUUAUCAAUGUCAUAUCAAUAUGUAUUACACCGAGAAUCCGGGAUUACGUAUUCGAACGUUAUUAUUUUAAUAUGCGUUGACAGUAUCAUAUAAGAUAAUGUGAAUAGUUUUAUGUUCGAUAUAUGUUUCAUUAGCCGUAUUACGUAGGUAAGUAUGAUAGAAUAAAGCUUUUUUCACCAGUAAAAUAUUUUACGUCAUAAGUUAAUGAGACUCUACUAUGAAUUGUAAGCUUAACGUUGUCUUGUAAUAAUAGAGGCUCCACCUACUACUAAAGCAUAAUGUAUCAGCUAAAAUUAUUAUUAUUAUUAUUACUAUUAUUACUAUUAUUAUUAUUCAGCGACGCUAGUUACAGAAAGUAAAUUUAUUGUAUGCUAUUAUUAACGAGCUAUUUUGCACUGUUUUCUUUGUAAAUACGACAAGUGUCAACUUCUAUUUUCUGUAUUUAAAACGAUGUAUAUUGUAACAAUGAAAAAAUAUGUGUGAACCUAUCGUUCUGAUGAAUUUUCGAAUCGGCCGUACACCAAUUAUAGAGACAUAUAUCACAACACAUAUAUGUUUAGGUGCACGAAUAAGUAAUCCACUAUUUCAGCCCCCAUAAAGAAGUAGUGGAUUUCUUAAUGUACCUGAUAAAUAAAUAAAUAAAUAAAUAAAUAAAUAAGUAA